AUGGGCAACUCACUAUCAGCAUCCCCCAAACCAUCCGACCAGACUCAGGGUGAGGUCGAGAAGAUCCUCAUUCAGCAACUCCAGAAUCUCCGCACCGGCCGCGGAAUUCGGCAACGAGAAGUCGACCAUGAAUAUGUCCAGGUUGAGACUGAGAAGGGCAUCCCUCAUACUUAUUCAACAGACCCAACUCUCUCUGUAAAGUCUGCCGAAGCAUGGGAGAAAGAACUCCUCUCCGACCCGAAGAACCGCUUCGCCCUCAACGCUCUCCUCUCCAAUGACAUUCGCAACAUUGUUGCCAACAAAGUUGCUACCCUAUCUGAUACCCAGACGUUCAAUGUCAAGAUUCCCUUCGAGGGUUCGCCUGUUACAAAUCAGAGGUCUUCGGGAAGAUGCUGGCUGUUCGCGACGACCAACGUCCUCAGAGUACCUAUCAUGAAGAAGUACAAUCUUAAAGAAUUUGAGCUCAGCCAAGCAUACCUUUUCUUCUGGGACAAACUGGAGAAGGCAAACUGGUUCCUGGAGCAGGUUAUAGAUACUGCAGACCAAGAGCUAGACAGUCGAUUGGUCCAGGAACUCCUCGGGGCGCCUGUGAACGAUGGUGGUCAAUGGGACAUGGCCGCCAACUUGGUCACGAAAUAUGGUUUGGUUCCUCAAAAGCUAUAUCCCGACUCAUAUAAUGCCAUGAACUCGGGCGCCCUCAACUCGAUCCUAACCACCAAGCUGCGCGAAGAUGCCCUCGCCCUCCGAUCCCUCGUGAACAAACCUUCAGUCAAGAAAUCCUCCAUCAUUGCCACAAAGGCCAAAUUCAUUCAAGAGGUUCAUCUUGUUCUCACACUUUUGCUCGGCCCGCCUCCAAAACCCGACGAAAAAUUUACUUGGGAAUACUACGACGCGAACGAAAAAUACAACUGCCUGUCCAAAACACCACUUGAACUUGCCAAGGACAUCUCUAGCCCAAGCGUCGUUCGCUCUCUCAAUGCUAACGUUGGGGAACUCUUCAGUCUUGUCAACGAUCCACGCAAUAAAUACAAUCAACUUUUGACUGUCAAUCGCCUUGGCAACGUCGUCGGCGGUCGACCUAUCACAUACGUUAAUGUUGACAUGAACACAAUUAAGAAAGCCACAAUAGCGAUGCUUCAUGCCGGACUACCCGUUUUCUUCGGAAGUGAUGUGGGCAAAUUCUCCAACUCGUCCUCCGGCAUUAUGGACACAGCUCUUUACGAUUACAGCCUCGCGUUUAACAUCCAAUUGGGUAUGAGUAAAUCCCAACGCUUAAAGGCCCGCGAAUCAGCCAUGACCCACGCUAUGGUUCUGACGGCUGUGCAAGUGGAAAAUGGCAAGUCUGUCCGCUGGCGCGUCCAAAACUCGUGGGGUGAGAGUGCUGGUGAGAAGGGCUUCUUCGUCAUGACAGACAAAUGGAUGGAUGAAUUUGUUUAUCAGGUGGUUGUUGAUCCGGGCUUCGUCAGCAAGGAGAUUAGGCACCUCCUCAAGACUGAACCUCUUGAGUUGCCACUUUGGGAUCCCAUGGGUGCAUUGGCAUAG